UGAUGCGAAACUUUUGAUCAAAACAAUUUUUUUCACGUUUCAUAAAAAUCCUAAAAUUAUUUAAUUAACGAUGCUUCCAAAAGCCAAUGCUUAUGGAUUAUUUCGGAUUAUAUCAAAUAACUUGCCAAAAAGAUUUUUUUCAUCUGCCGCUGUAUCCGAAAUUAAGGAAUUAGAGCUAGACACUCCAAAAAUCGUCAAUGGACGCGUAAAUCCAUUAACUCAUCCCGAUUACUUCAAUGUCGGCAAUUUAUUCACUGUUCGAGAUUUAUUGGAAGCUCGAGUUCAUUUUGGACAUAAAGUUGGAUCUUUAAAUGACAGGAUGAAACCUUAUCUCUUUGGUUCUCGACUAGAUUUCACAAUAUUCGAUUUAGAACAGACAAAAGAGCAUUUACAAAGGGCAUUAAAUGUAGCUGCACACACUGCAAUGCAAGGUGGAAUCAUUUUAUUCUUUUGUAGAAGUUCCAUUAAUGCACAUACUGUCGAGAAAACAGCUUUGGAAUGUGGUGAAUUUGCUCAUACAAGAUACUGGCGUGGUGGCACAUUCACAAACUCAAAAGUUCAAUUUAAAGCUGUGACUCGACUGCCUGAUUUAUGCAUUUUCUUAAAUACAUUAAAUAAUGUCAUGCUGCAACAUACAGCAAUUCGAGAUUCUGCAAAAAUGAACAUCCCUACAAUUGGCGUUGUUGACAGUAACUGCUCGCCUGACUUGUUGACAUAUGUUGUGCCUGGAAAUGACGAUUCUCCAGCCUCUAUUGAAUUAUACUGUAAAUUAUUUAAGGAAGCAAUUUUAAGAGGAAAAGCAAAGCGAAAAGAAUUCAUAGAGGAACUAGAAGCGCUCGAAAAAGAGCAAGCAUCUUAAAUUAUAUUCAAUGUCCAGA